UCGAUGGGGGUCAGGAGUCGGAGUCCCCCGGUGGUGGCGGGCCGCGCGCUGGAGGCCGAGCAGCGCCCGCUUCCUCGACGGGAGGCGCUCCCGCCCUCAGUGAGGCUCUCUGCGCCCGCUCAGAGGCCCUCUCGCCGCGUCUCUCCCGGCCCGAGCGGGGUGCGGCGGCGGGGGGUGUCGGGCGGGCUGACUCCGCAUCCCCCGCCCGCCGGGGGCGGCUCCGGCUCGGCUGACGUCAGGCGGCCCUUUAAAGAGGAGUCGCCGCCGCGGGAGCGGGGCAGGCAGUGGCGGCGGGCACGGAGCUCGCGCGCUGGCCGGCCUGCCUGGGUCUCUGCCGGCCAGCCGCCCCGAUGCGCCUCCGACGCCGCCGACGCCGCUGGGGGGCAGCCGGGGGGCAGCCGUGGCCCGCGGCCCGCCGGCGAUGGAGGGAUGGCGCUUAGCCGGCGGAGGAGGAGCCGCUGCCGGGCGCUGGUGCUGGGCUCGUUCCUCUCGCUCUCGGGCACCUACCUCUGCUACAGCCUGCUGCUCUUCUGCUGCUGCGGGCCCGAGCCGGCGCCCGGGCCCGCCCGCUGCCUACCCGCGCCUCCCCCAGCCGCCGCCGCGCGCAAGAAACUCCUGCAGAAGUGGCGCGCCUGCCCAGCCCCGGCGCCUCCGCCGCCCGCCCCCUCGGCCUCCAGCGGGGCCCCCCAUCGAGGCGGCGGCGGCUCCAAGCGCCUCCCGCAUGCCCUCAUCGUGGGCGUCAAGAAGGGCGGCACCCGCGCCGUGCUGGAGUUCAUCCGCGGCCACCCGUCGGUGCGCGCCCUCGGCACUGAGCCCCACUUCUUCGACAGGCACUACGAGCGGGGCCUCGAGUGGUACAGGCGCCUGAUGCCCCGGACCCUGGAGAGCCAGAUCACCAUGGAGAAGACGCCCAGCUACUUUGUCACGCGGGAAGCCCCACAGCGGAUCUUCAACAUGUCGCGGGAGACCAAGCUGAUCGUGGUGGUGAGGAACCCGGUCACCAGGGCCAUCUCCGACUACACCCAGACCCUCUCCAAGAAGCCCGACAUCCCCACCUUCGAGGGCCUGGCCUUCUGCAACCGCAGCCUGGGCCGGGUGGACACCUCGUGGAAUGCCGUCCGCAUCGGCCUGUACGUGGUGCACCUGCAGAACUGGCUCCAGUACUUCCCCCUCUCGCAGAUCCACUUUGUCAGUGGGGAGCGGCUCAUCACGGACCCCGCCGGGGAGAUGGGCAAGAUCCAGGACUUCCUGGGCAUCCGGCGGGUCAUCACCGAGAAGCACUUCUACUUCAACAAGACCAAAGGCUUCCCUUGCCUGAAGAGGGCGGAGGGGGGCGCCUUGCCCCGCUGCUUGGGGAAGUCCAAAGGGAGGACUCAUGUCCAGAUUGACCCGGAAGUGAUUGAGCAGCUGCAGGAUUUCUAUCGGCCCUACAACAUCCAGUUCUACGAAACGGUCGGGCAGGAUUUCCACUGGGAGUGAAAGGGGCCUUCAGCAGGGCCCUGCACGCCUGCCCUGGUGGUGGUGGUGGUGGGGCCCUCAGGCUCCCUUUUGGCCCACUGGGAGGAACGCACAGCCGGGGGGGUGGGCAGGCAAGGGGGCUUCCAGAGCCUGUGGGUGCCUCACCACCCAGCGCCAGCCCCAGUCCGACCUUUGGCCAGCACCUUGGACUGGGCCUUGCCGGGUGGUGCAAUCAGGGAAUGCGGAGAUGCCCACGGAUGGAUUCUAUUUUUCGUAAGGAUGAUAUAUUAUUAUAUGAAUAGAGUCUAUAAUGAUUGCUGCUUAGGCACCAGCUGGCCUGCGGCCCGUCCCGGGUGCCCAGCUGAAUGCCGCCCAGAGCAGGUUCUCGAAACGCCCUGGAAGCCAGCCUGGCGGAGGGGUGCAGCCGGGGUCUCCCUCGUGCCGGCAGAGGCCCCACUUCAAUGCCCAGGGAGGCUGGCCUGCUGGAGCCGGAGUCUUCCUUCUCUUUCUCCUUUGCUGAGAGCCCUGUCGCCAUGGAGACACCAGGGCCUCCGCUUUGGGGGGGGGGUGAGGAUGAGGAUGAGGAUGAGGAUGAGGAUGAUGUCUCCGAAAGCACUCGGUCCUGUGAGACAUGCCUGUCCGGCGAAGAAAGCACACGCGUUGUCUGCUAUUACGGGUACUUCCGAAACGGCCCUGCUCCGCGUGGAGGAUGCGACUCUCCCUGCCCAGCCCUCCCCUGUAUCCACACCCGCCACCUUCCUCCAGUGAAAUAAAAGCAAGUCCCAACAAGCCCUCCUGGAGAUCUUUCUUUCCCUCCGUGU